UGGUUUAAAUACAUGGCAGGCGGAUGGAGUUUAUUUCAGUCGUCUUUCGAAACUAGCGCCGAAGCUUAAACUAACUGUAUUACACUAUAAACAUUACAUUACAUUACAUACAUAAACUCUAGCGAUGUCGCCAUUAAAUAAGGUAUUUCAGUAUAUUUAGCUCGCCUCUGCUUGUCGUCAGCUAGCUUAGUGUUGCCAUCAGUUGUGUUGUUGUAGUGACGCAGGUGAGCGGCGACAUGUCAGAGUCCGGUCACAGUCAGCCCGGGAUAUACGGACAAGGACGCAGGAGGAGGCGACGCCGCGGGGACAGAGAUGCAGGACCUCCGGGACAAAACCUGUCCGGUCCCAGUCGGGAUCGAGAAUAUCAACCGAGGGAACGCAGGGAUGGGAGCGAGGAUCCACCAGGUCCACUCAUUCAGAAGACCCCCAUCAUUCUUGCAAAACCCCCUGGGGAAAGGGCCAAGCCCUCACAGACUACACCUGUCAGUGGAGCUCCAGUCCUGGAGAAGCCCAUCAUGCUAAUGAAAGCCAGGGAAGAUGGAGGGAAGCUGGGUACCCCUCCAGAUGCAGCAGCUCAACCCUCUGGUCCUGGGCCCUCCAAGAUGGAGAGGGAGGGGCAGCGACCCACGCAGCCUGUAUACCAGAUCCAAAACAGAGGAAUGGGUGCUUCUGCAUCGAGCAGCGCUGUGGACCCCAUGGUUGGCCAGUCUAAACUCCUCCCUCCUGAGAAGAUGAAGCACAGCAUUAAGCUUGUGGAUGACCAGAUGAAUUGGUGUGACAGUGCUAUGGAGUAUCUGAGGGACCAGACAGAUAUGUUGGUGGUCGGAGUCAUUGGCUUGCAGGGAAGUGGGAAAUCUACAAUCAUGUCACUGUUAUCUGCAAACACUCCAGAGGAAGAUCAAAGGGGCUAUGUAUUCAGAGCCCAGACUCAAGAAAUCAAGGAAAGAGGAGGAAACCAGAGUACAGGCAUCGAUUUCUUCAUCACACAGGAGAGAGUCAUCUUCCUGGAUACACAGCCAAUGCUCAGCCCGUCUAUCCUCGACCACCUCAUCAACAACGAUCGCAAGUUGCCCCCAGAGUACAACCUCCCUCACACAUAUGUUGAGAUGCAGUCUCUUCAGACCGCAGCCUUCCUGUUUACAGUGUGCCAUGUGGUGAUUGUGGUCCAAGACUGGUUCACUGACUUAAACCUCUACAGGUUUCUUCAGACCGCUGAGAUGUUGAAACCCUCCACUCCCUCUGCAAGCCAUGACAGCACUGGCUCUUCAGGCAAUGACGAUGGAGCAGAGUACUAUCCUCAUAUAGUGUUCCUCCAGAAUAAAGCCAGACAGGAUGAUUUCUGCCCAAGGAAUCUCAAGAACAUGCAUAUGGUUGUGGACAAAUUAAUGGCCCACUCUCAUCUCAAAUACAAAGGUACAUUGUCCAUGCUAGACUGCAAUAUGUUCCCUGGUUUGGAGCAGGACUAUCUGGCAACUGAAGUCAACAUGUUCCUCCUUCCUAUGCAGGAGAAUGAUGGGGAGGAUAAUCUGACUAAAGCAGGGACGGGAACAUACCCGCUGUUCUCUCUUCUCCCGGGGUACAGAGGACAUCCUGCCUUCUCAACCAUGGUUUCAAAACUCCGCAGCCAAAUAUUGGCUAUGCCCCGCUGUCAGCUGUCACACACCAUUCUCACUGAGAAGAACUGGUUUCACUAUGCAGCUCGUAUCUGGGAUGGGGUGAAAAAGUCCUCGGCCCUCUCAGAGUACAGCCGCCUGCUCUGCUAACACCUUGGUUGAACUGCCAACAUGUACAAAGGCAGUUGCAAGCUGUUAUGUCUGAUGAUCAGGUCACAUGUGGAUCUGAAGGUGAAGACCGUUGUUUUGCACCCGACAGGAGGGACAGGUGAAACUUGAAGCCCGGUCACUGGUGAAGAGUCAGAUAUUAAAGCAGGAAACCUUUGGUGGGAGUGAAAACCUGAAAACUUUUGGCGCUCAGUGUCAACAGGUUGUGUAUCUGCCAUGUUGAAAUGACACAGCAAAAAUACCUUUAUUAAAGGUGUAAUUGUGAAUUACUCAGAAAUAAAAGUAAACUGUAUUUUUUGCCUGUUUGCCAUUUUUAUUGCACUUUUCUUACAGGGUAAGAAUGUUGUCAAUCUCCAAUGACAGUGCUUUGAAACCUUUCCAAGACAAAGACUACAGCAGAAUGUGGCUUUCGUUUCACCUGAAAGACUUCCAAAGCGACUUACAGGAAGUGAACUGUUUUUUAACGGUUCAGUGUCACAUAAGAACUUCAGCUUGACUCAAAAAGAUAUUUCAGAAUGAUAAAUACAACACAACCUUAUCUAUUUUACAUCUCUACAUUCAUCAAUGCAGAGAAGUAAAAGUAGAUUUAUGGUGUUGGACAACAAUGAUCUUUCUUUUGUAAGGGGAACUCCUAGGAUCAUGCACAAUGUAUCAUGUUAACUUCCCCUAUUUUUGAAUUUGAACCUAACACAUGUGUACCAUGCUCUAAGCAUUAAAAGUG